AUGGCUGCUUUAUUUCCUGGCGAUCCUUCCCACCAAGGAGUACAUGAAGGAAAUUAUAUGGUUUCUCAAGACAAUCUAGAAGAAGGUGGUUGCCGUUGGUAUUUAUCUAGAAAGGAAAUUGAAGAAAAUUCCCCUUCUAGACAAGAUGGCAUUGAUUUGAAGAAGGAGGCUUAUUUACGCAAGUCAUAUUGUACAUUUUUACAAGAUUUAGGCAUGAGGCUGAAAGUGCCGCAGGUAACCAUCGCUACAGCAAUAAUUUUUUGUCAUCGUUUCUUUCUUCGUCAGUCCCUUGUAAAAAAUGAUAGGAGGACCAUUGCUACGGUCUGUAUGUUUCUUGCUGGCAAGGUUGAAGAAACUCCUCGUCCGCUGAAAGAUGUAAUACUAGUGUCCUAUGAAAUCGUUCAUAAAAAGGAUCCUGCUGCUCUGCAGAGGAUCAAACAAAAGGAGGUAUAUGAACAACAAAAAGAACUAAUUUUGCUGGGAGAGAGAGUUAUUCUUACAACUCUUGGCUUUGAUCUCAAUUUACACCAUCCAUAUAAGCCCCUUGUUGAAGCAAUAAAAAAAUUUAAGGUUGCUCAAAAUGCAUUAGCUCAAGUUGCAUGGAAUUUCGUUAAUGAUGGGCUUCGGACAUCUCUCUGCUUGCAAUUUAAGCCACACCACAUUGCAGCAGGUGCUAUUUUCCUUGCUGCCAAGUUUCUCAAAGUAAAGCUCCCAUCUGAUGGUGAGAAGGUUUGGUGGCAGGAGUUUGACGUAACCCCACGCCAAUUGGAGGAGGUCAGCAAUCAGAUGUUAGAAUUGUAUGAACAAAAUAGACUGCCACCUUCUCAGGCGAGUGAAGCAGAAGGAAGUGCUGGAGGCAGUCGACCUCAGCCAAAAACUCCUGCAAGUGAAGAGCAUGUCACUGAUCGCAUCAAUUCGUCGAAGCCAGGAACUUUAACGUCAGUGAGGCCAGUUCCUGAUCAACCACAUGCAGAUAAUCACAAUGGGCAGCCAAGAAUGACUCAAAAUAAUGACCAUGUAAGAACCAACAUGAAUUCUGAAAUAAAUAGUAUUCCGGAUCACAAGGGAGAUGAGGAGAUUGAUGACAUUUAUAACCAUGAACGAGAGGCAUUACCUCAUGAGGGGAAUACGGGGGAGAUCCAGAAUAAAUCAGAGUCGGUUUUGGAUGGACAUGGUCAGGAACAUGAAGAAGGAAAUAUUGGGAGAACUGAAAGGAGGAAUUCUUUGGACGUGAAGGAUAAAUAUCAUAGCCGAAAUCCAGGCCCCGAGGAUGGUAAGGUUGGCCAGUCACCUCAAGAUGCUAUAAAAAAGAUCAACAGAGAGAAGGUUAAAGCAGCUCUUGAACGGAGAAAAGCCCGUGGGGACAUAACUCGUAAAAUGGAUCCUAUGGAUGAACUCGAAAGAGAAUUGGAGGAUGUUGAAUUGCCUGGUCAUAGUGAGAAGAUUAAGCAUGACAGAAAACAAAGCUGGUUCAAGUCUUCGAAGAGGCCAGAGCAUGGGAAUUCCCAUAAUGCGAAAUAUCCUGAUGAUGAUGGAGAUUUGCAUUACCAAGCAUUGAGAGGAAAGCCAUUCCAUGGGGGCUCUGUAGAAGAAGGGGAAUUGGAAUUGUUUGAUGAUGCCGACCAGGGAUAUCGGUCACCAAGGUCGAACAAUCGUAAGAGGAAGGCUAUUAGUCCUCGGACAAACAUGAACCCAAAACUUCUUGUUCAGGUUGUUGGCCUACCAUGCACCUGCUCGCUGCUCCUCGCUGCCUGCUAA